AUGUCGGGUUCAAUAACAACACAUGAUAUUGUUGAUUGGAUUUGUAUAAUAAUGAUUAUACUUGGUACUCUUGGAAAUAGUCUUGGUUUAAUUGUAUUUUCAUCACGAAAAUUUCGUCGUACAACAUAUGGUAAAUUAGCAAUAGCAUCAUUAAUAAUAAAUCUUUUAUGUGUAUUUCGUUAUUCACUUCUUCUUCAUUCAUCAACUCGUCGUUGGAUUCAACAUAAAGCAGGACAAUCAUGGUUUAAUUGUAAAUUAUAUCGAAUUUCAUCUUGUUUAAGAAUAUUAUCAGCAUUUGUAACUGUUGCAUGGACAUAUGAAAGAUUUACUUAUGUAACAACAAGUUUUCAUUUUUUGACAAAUAAUCAAUAUGUUAAAAAAUAUAAAUUCUAUUUUAUGUUUUUUUUAUCUUUAAUUAUUAUAACUGCUCUUACUGGACCAACGAUUUAUUUUUAUCAAUUAAAAUCAAUGUUAUUAAUUAUUUCACCAACAAUAUCUUAUGAAAAUACAACAUCAAUAACAACUUUCACAUUACCAAAUGUGACAAUAUUAUCUCGACAUACUCGUAAAAGUGACGAUUUGAUAACUAAUCAAUUACCAAAUAAUUCUUAUGUUAUGAUAUGUUCAUUAAAAGAUUCGAUAUCUCCAUUAUGGCGUAGUUUUUUAGAAGAUGUUCAAUUUGGUUUAAAUUAUACAACAUUUCGUUCAAUAUUUUCUGAAAUAAUUCCAUCAUUAUUAGUUAUUAUGUUUAAUAUCGGAAUAAUAAUUUGUGUAAUAGAAUCAACAUUAUCAUUUUCAUCCCAUAGUUCAACAACAAAUGUUCGUCAAAAUACAACUGGUUCAUUUCGUAGUAAAGAAGGAGUUGAUGGUUUAAUAGUUCAUAAUCGUCCACGUACAUCAUGGAUGAAUAUUGUAUUAAUAAUUCAUUCGUGUCUUUUCUUUUUUUCAUCGUUAACAGCAACAAUUGUACAUUGGUCAACAUCAAAUAUGUUAUUAUCACAUUGGAUAAGUGUUGUUAUAUUAGCUAAUUGUUCAUUAAAUUUUUACGUUUAUUGUUUAAGUGGAAAAUCUUUUCGAAAUGAAAUACGAAAAUUAUUUUAUUAUUAUUAUCAAUUAUGUUGUUUUAUGAAAUUUAUGAAUUUAUUUCGAACAAAAUCGCAACGUGAACAAGUUAGACAAACAAUUCGAAUGCGUUUAGUAACACAUAAAUCUAAUGUUCUAUUAACAUAA